AUGCUUUGGCUGCUGCUACUGCUGUCCAUGUGGAUGGGGCCUGAACAAACGGAAUCUGCUCACGCUAAUGAACGGCGAGUUGUUGCACACAUCCCUGGUGACAUCAUCAUUGGAGCGCUGUUCUCCGUCCAUCAUCAGCCUCCUGCCGACAAGGUCCAUGAGCGCAAGUGUGGCGCGGUGCGAGAGCAGUACGGCAUCCAGCGGGUGGAGGCCAUGAUGUACACCUUGGACCGCAUCAAUGCCGACCAGCACAUCCUUCCCAAUAUUACUCUGGGUUGUGAGAUUCGGGACUCCUGCUGGCACUCAGCUGUAGCUCUGGAGCAAAGCAUUGAGUUUAUACGGGAUUCACUGGUCUCCUCUGAUGAGGCAGAGGAAUGGGGUGGAGGAGGCCCCUGGGGAGGAGGAGGGGGAGGAGGAGGAGGAGGAGGAGGAGGAGGAGGAGGAGGAGGUGGAGGUGGUGGUGGACCGACGAUGAAGUGUGCAGACCCCUCUGCUACUCCCAUGCGAGGGAAGAAACCCAUUGUGGGUUUAAUUGGGCCAGGGUCAAGCUCAGUGGCCAUCCAAGUCCAGAACCUUCUACAGCUUUUCAACAUACCACAGAUUGCCUACUCUGCCACCAGUAUGGACCUCAGUGAUAAGAGCCUUUACAAGUACUUUAUGCGGGUGGUACCUUCAGAUGCCCAGCAGGCAAGAGCGAUGGUGGACAUUGUAAAACGAUACAACUGGAGCUACGUGUCUGCCAUACACACUGAAGGCAACUAUGGUGAAAGUGGGAUGGAGGCAUUCAAGGACAUGGCAGCCAAGGAAGGCAUCUGUAUCGCCCACUCUGGCAAAAUCUGGAGCAAUGCUGGAGAGCAUAGCUUUGACCGGCUGCUGGAGAGACUGAGGGUCCACCUGCCCAAAGCCAGAGUGGUGGCAUGUUUCUGUGAAGGCAUGACUGUCCGCAAUAUCCUCAUGGCCAUGAGACGCCAGGGACUGGUGGGCGAGUUCCUUCUCAUCGGCAGGUCAGGAUGGGCGGACCGGUACGAUGUGACAGACGGCUUUGUGAGGGAAGCAGCUGGUGGUAUAACCAUCAAGCUCCAAUCUGCUGACGUCAAAUGGUUUGAUGAUUACUACCUUAAACUUCGUCCUGAAAACAACCUCAGAAACCCUUGGUUUACAGAAUUCUGGCAGCAUCGUUUCCACUGUCGACUGAAGGGCCACCCACAGGAGAACAACAAGUUCAACCGCACCUGUGGCAGCUGUGACCCAAUCCCAGUGGAGUACCUGCGUUGGGGAGACCCCGAACCUAUUGCUGCUCUGGUUUUUGCCUGCCUCGGGCUCAUGUUCACCUUCUUUGUCACUGCAGUCUUCAUCAGGUUCCGCGACACCCCAGUAGUGAAAUCUUCCAGUAGGGAGCUGUGCUACAUAAUACUGGCAGGGAUCUGCCUUGGGUACCUGUGUACCUUCAGCCUGAUAGCCAAACCCCAUGUCGUCCACUGCUACCUCCAACGUCUGGGAAUAGGCCUAUCGCCUGCCAUGAGCUAUUCUGCGCUUGUCACCAAGACAAACCGCAUCGCACGGAUCCUAGCAGGCAGCAAGAAGAAGAUCUGUACAAAGAAGCCUCGCUUUAUGUCUGCCUGCGCUCAGCUCAUCAUUGCCUUCCUCCUCAUACUGCUACAACUGGGUAUCAUCGUGGCUCUCUUCCUCAUGGAGCCACCAGAGGUGAUCCAUGACUACCCCAGCAUCCGGCAGGUCAACCUCAUUUGCCACACCACUAACCUGGGUGUGGUUGCCCCACUGGGGUACAACGGCCUGCUCAUCCUCAGCUGCACCUUCUAUGCCUUCAAGACUCGCAACGUCCCGGCUAAUUUUAAUGAGGCGAAGUACAUUGCCUUUACAAUGUAUACCACCUGUAUAAUCUGGCUCGCCUUUGUGCCCAUCUACUUUGGCUCCAACUACAAAAUUAUCACCAUGUGCUUCAGUGUCAGCCUCAGCGCCACUGUGGCCAUCUGCUGUAUGUUCGUACCCAAGGUGUACAUCAUUCUGGCCAAACCAGAGCGGAACGUGCGCAGUGCCUUUACCACCAGCACGGUGGUGCGCAUGCACGUGGGUGACGGCAAAUCGUCCUCAGCUGCCAGCCGUUCUUCUAGUCUGGUGAACCUGUGGAAACGCAGAGGCUCUACUGGAGAGACACUGAGCUCCAAUGGGAAGUCAGUGUCUUGGGCGCAGACAGAGCGCAGCGGUUCACGCGGCAACCACCUGUGGCAGCGGCUGUCCUUCCACAUCAAAAAGAAGGAGAACAACCAAACCGCUGUCAUCAAACCCUUCUCCAAAACCUCUGAGGAGCGUUACUCCGGAGGGGGGGACCUGCCCCCUCACGUCCCUCUGCCCUCCCUUCCCUCCAUGUCCUCUCUGCCCUCUCAUCAUGACACUGGCACUGACAAAACCCUGUAUGAGCUCUCUGAAGCAGAGGAGCGCUACUCCAUCACGUAUCGGCCGCAGACACCUUCCCCAAUCAGCACGGUGAGCCAAAGACUAGGAGCCGGUUUAGGAAUGGAGCAGCAGAUGAGCGGUAUGCCGAUGUACUCGAGCAGCAUCUGCAGCGGCGGCAGUGGCAGCAGUUGCGGUCGUGCCAGCAGCGGCUCCAUCGUCACUGGGAGCGACGGCCGCUUGAUAAUCGUGGACGAUCACCUGGGAGAGUGCCAAAGCUCGCUGAUGGACCAGAUCAGCUGUGUGGUAAACCGCUUCACCGCCAACAUCACUGAGCUCAACAGCAUGAUGUUGUCGACCUCACCGACGCACUCGAUCACACACAAACACACGCCUCCUUCACCGCACCCCGCCGACCCAUAUCUGUUACCCCGCGAAAUCCCGAUGCCUCCGACCCUCACCACCUACGCCGACGUGCAGCCCCUGCCCUUGGUGGAGUCGGGCUUGGCAAACCGAGGUGGCUGUCUCGUUCACCCGGUUCCUCCUCAUUCACCUUACCCCCUGCCGCCUCCUCACCCCCAGGCCUCCCCCUCUCUAUCCCCGAUGCGAGGAAGCCUGGUCACCUGCCUCGCCGACUCCCCGCUGAGGAGGGCGGAUUUGGAAGAUGAGCUUAUUGCUUUGACUCCCCCGUCACCCUUCCGCGACUCUCUGGCGUCCAGCAGCGGCUCACCCGUCUCAGAGACAGAUCUGUGUCUACCCCCAGUUCCCUCCCAUCCUCCCCCGUCCCCUCCUUCGCCCAGGUACAGCAGACUGACACUCAGAAACUACAGCCAGAGUUCCUCCUCGCUGUGA